CCUCCCCUCCUCCCACCACACCUGGGAACACUUCUCAGAACAGGGCAUGGGGAACCCCCAAGGAAGCCAGCUCCAAAAGGUGUUCCUGUCACCAGCAGAAGCCUGUAUUCCAGGGCCCCUCCCGGAGCAGGAAUCUCGAGCCCUGGUUGAGUGCCAGCCCCACCCACGUUAUAAUUAGGGAGAGAAAAAGAGAGGGAGUGAAUCCCUGAGGGGAGGGUGGGGAAAGCUUCCGGGAUCUUGGGGGUUAAAAGGGAAGGUCUGGCCAGGGGUCCCUGAUCAGAGCUCUGUUUGCAGCCCACACUGCAGGGCAAGAGACACUUCUGAGUCUCCUCCCUCCUUCUCACUGGCGACUUCCAGGUGAAGCGGGAUGUACCCCACCCUGGUUGGGGUGGAUGGCGAGAGGAUGGGUGGGGACCCUGGGCAACGGGCAGCAACCCUUUUGUAGCCUCGAUGUCCCUGUAACAUGGGGAAAUCCCUAGGCUCUGAGGUUGGGAAGAGGCUCCCACGGGCUUUCAGCAGGACACCCCCCCCCACCACACACACACACACACACACACACACACGAAGGAGUGUGGACCUGGGGCUCAGCGUGGCUGGUGGCCAAGAAAGACUGGGUGCACAAAUCGCCCCCCUCUGGAGGAGCAAGGACUGAAGUCCUGAGGGUCCCUGGAGAGGCCCUGCUGAAGUAUCCCAGGCGCGCUGAGGCAGGGGUCUUGACGGGGACAUCCGUUUUAGCCCUCCAUUCCGGCAUCGGCAAGCCAGGUGUCAGCCAUGAGUGCCCCACUCCUCUACUUCUCCAUCUCCUCUGGUGCCUUGGCCCUAGUGAAGUUGCUGCUGCCGCUACUGAUGGUGCAACUCUGGGUCGCGAAGGCGCUAUUGCUUCCGGGAAACGCCACGCAGGUGGACCUUGAGACCGCUAGCGUCCCGUGCACGCGUGGCUCACAACCCUGGCAGGUCUCCCUCUUCCACAACCUCCAGUUCCAAUGCGCGGGUGUCCUCGUCGACCGGAACUGGGUGCUCACGGCCGCACACUGCUGGAGAAAGAAGCCACUGAGGGCUCGAAUUGGGGAUGAUCACCUGCUGCUUUUCCAGAAGGAACAGCUUCGGUCCACAAAUUCCCCCGUUUUCCACCCCAAAUACCAGCCUUGCUCAGGCCCAGUCCUGCCCCACCGCUCAGAUGAGCAUGACCUCAUGCUGCUGAAGCUGAGGAGUCCUGUCGUGAUAACACCCAACGUGCAUCCCGUGCAACUGCCCUUCCAGUGCUCCCAGCCAGGGCAGGAGUGCCAGGUGGCAGGCUGGGGGACCACCGCCUCCCGCAGAGUGAAGUACAACAAGAGCCUGACCUGCUCCAGGGUAACCCUCCUUAGCCGGAAGCAGUGUGAGGUCUUCUACCCUGGAGUCAUCACCAACAACAUGAUUUGUGCGGGGCUGGACAGAAACCAGGACUCUUGCCAGAGUGACUCUGGUGGCCCACUGGUGUGUGACAACACCCUGCAUGGCAUCCUCUCGUGGGGCAUUUACCCCUGUGGUGCUACCCCACACCCAGCCGUCUACACUGAUGUCUGCAAAUACAUGCCCUGGAUCCGGAGAGUCAUUAGUUCCACGUGA